AUGAACUUUUAAUUAGCAUAUUCUUAAGGAUUUUUGGAAAUACUUUUCCUUAUAUUAAAUCCUUCCUAUAAAUUAGUUUUAUAUAGAUGCUUAAUGCUAUAUUUUGCUUAUAAAACUGAUCACUAAUUUUACAGACAUAAUUAGAUUGAAAAUAGUAAUAAGAAAAAAAAGUUCAAUUUAGAAAUUUAAUAAAUACUCAUAACAUUUUGCUUUUUUGUUAUGUAUCCUUCACCACACAUUAUUUUGAAGGAAUUUAUAUGCAUACUAUUCAUGCAUUAAUUAGUCUAAUUAUAUCCUAAAAAAUUAACAUUUUGUGAAUCGUAUGCAUUAUCUCAAUAUAUAAUUGAAUACUAUUAAUUUAAUGGAUAGGAUAUGUUUGAGUAUUUAUCAGAACUAGUUUUAAUGUUGUCAGUUUUAUCCUUUAUAUUGAUUGUCCUCAUACAUUAAAUACCAAUAAAAGAACUUGCAUUUGCAUUUACAUUUAUUGCUAUUUUUAAAAUAAACUUUUUUUCUAUUUACUAUUAUCUUUAAUAUAGAGGACAUAGUUUGGCAAUUUUAAUAAAUGAAAUUGUAACUUAUGAAUUUGGUAAAUACUUUUUAUUAUAAUUUCUUGCAUUAAUGUUAGUAAUCCCAAUAAGUUAUCUAAAUUUGAAAAAAAUAAUAUAAAGAAAGCUUUUUCAUUUUUAGAUUUUUUUCAUUGUUUUAUUAGGAACAUAAUUGAAUAUAAAUUAUACAAAGUUGGCUUUAGCAGUAUUUAUUUGGUUUUUUAUUGUUUUUGAAGGAAUGAGAUAGUAUUAUGGAAAUAAUAUUGAGAUUUUAAAGAAAUAUUCUUAAUUUUUAUUAUCCUUUUGUGACAAAAGAGAUUCAGAAGAAUUAAUAAUAACAUAAAUAUAUUUAUUAAUAGGUGUAUCACAUUCGGUAUUUUUUAGCAAUACAAACAAAUUUAUUGGGUAUUAUUUAUAUAUUAUUUAAGGAUAAUAAUAUUAGGAAUUGGAGAUUCUUUUGCUGCUAUAAUUGGAUCUUAAUUAGGGAAAUUAAAAUAUCCAAACUAAAGAUCAGUUGAAGGAACAAUUAGUUUUUUAUUUGGAUGUUCUGUUGCAAAUUAUUUCUUAAAUGAAAAUCUGUAAUUUUGGAUAAUAGCAGCAGCAAUAGAAGCUUAUACAGCUUAAAUUGAUAAUUUGAUUUUACCAAAAAUUUAGCUUAACUAAAUUGUCUAAAUGAUUUAAUUAUGAAG